GUAACUUUGACUUGCAUUCCUUCCUGACUUGGAAGGCUGUGUGGUAUUUGGAAAAUCUGCAGCAACCCCCUCACCGCCAGCUGCUCCCAAGGUGAAACUUCGUUUUCGGGGCUUCCCUGAUGCAUUUCAGGGCCAGGAAAGCACCCUGAAGGAGGCCUAUCCUGCAGACCCCUGCCCCACCCUGUCACCAGGGGCUGCUGUUUUAGGGCUGCCAUCCACUCCUCCAGCUUAGCAGGGUGGAGAGGCUGACAGAGAGCCCUGAGUUGGUCACCAGGACCCAGGUAUUCUCCCCCGGCCCCAGCAGGGUUUCACGAGCCAGCUUCCAUAGCCCGCAAACAGGGAUAUCCAUACCAGUUCUGCCUACUUCCCCAAGUGCUCCAAGACUUAGGCGUGAGUGGAGUUGAAAAGGGGGGGCCUUGGUGGUCCCCUCUCAUGGCCAGUUGGCAGACCAUGCCCUCCUGGGUCUCCUAAGAUCACACCCAACCCCCGUUCCUGCAUGAAGGGAGGUUUAGCGGAGCUGCAAGAAUGGGCUGCAGGGGCACUGGUUUCAAGUCGCAUAACUGCUGAGGUCAGGCUGGAUCAGGGUGGGCACAGAGCCACAUGGAGGGGAUGAGGGGAGCCACAGCCUCCCUCUGAGCCUCCUCGGGCAGCUGCGGUUCCGAAGCCAUACAGUCACACUCCCUCAUACCUUGUGACUGGCUGCUUCCUGCCACUGUGUACAAACAAGACUCUGUUGGAGGAAACAGGUGUUUUAUCAGGUCACAGGGCUCCCCCUCCCCGAACGGUACAGUGCACAGAUCCUUGGGUAACAGCCCUCCUCUGCAGGUGGGGACAGUAAGGCCAGGUCAGGGAAGGGACUUAUCCAAGGCCCCUUAGAGGAGUGAAGGGGGAAGGCCUGAGUCGGGAAGCUCCGCCCUCAAAUACCAUAUCUUCCACUCCUUGGCUGGGUGGCCUUGGGUAAGUUAACUCCUGUGGGGCCUUAGCUUUCUCAUCUAAACAUGAGGAUAGCGAAGGUUCCUACCUCCUUGGGUUACUGUGGAGUGGAGCGAGAUAGUGGAUGUGGAGUUCCCGGCACAUAGUAGGUGCUUCCUGAGUGGAAGCCACUGUGGGAGGGAUUGUUAACACUGUGUGGGAAUGGCCCUUGUAAAGGACGCCAGUCCAGUAGGUGCAGUGCUCCUGAAGGUGCGGCUGGACUGAAGCCCCUGAUGCUCUCCGUCCUCAGCUCAGCAGCCAGUUCCCCUGGGGCAGAGCAAAGAGGACAGCUGUCCGGCCCAGCCAGCCCUCGGGCCCUCAGCUGGUCGACGACAUAGUGCCAGCUGUACCUAGAAUCCUGAUCCAGACUCUUAACCGGUAUUUACUGAGCCCCACUUGGCCUUGGCUCAGCUCAGAGGGGACGGCUGCCUCUGCCCCACCCCGCAGAGCUCAGCUCUGGCAAGGCAAAGAGACUCUCCUUGGGGCUCAGAGUCGGCCGUGUUGGAUAAAGGGCACUGAGGAGGGAGGGAGGCCAGUGGGGGCAGCCAGGAAGGCUUCCUGACAGGGGAGAGUUCUGGCUGGCCCAGAACCUGCGAAGGUGAGAGUGGGAGAAUGCUCGAGGUCGGGGGCACAGCUCAAGCAGAGGAGGAGAGGCAGAAAUUAGUAUGUUCUUGGUCAUUGGAAGAGCCACCCGAAGCCCAGGGUCUGUGAGGCUGGAGAAGGGCCAGCACUGAAGGCCCAGCACGUGACCUUAAUACCCGGGGGUGCUGGUUCCAGAGCCCAGGAGUGGCUGGUGGGUACCUGCAGUGUGUUGGCAGCAUGAAGGGCAGUGUGGUGCCCACGGGAGAUGGUUUGAGUUGAACAUAGAGGGUGAGGCGGGCAGAGCCGGCAGCUGGGGCAGGUGGAUGCUGGGAUGCAAGGGAGGGGGUGGGCUUUGGGCAGGGCAGACCCGAGCGGACUGGCACAUGCAAGGCAGGAGUGCCUCAGAGGUGGAAGUUUUGUAUUAUUUCUUUUGACUCUCAGUCUCACUCCAGGGUCAUGAGUCCAGGGUCUUGUCCGCUGUUUCCUGAGGGGAGCUGAACCCCAGAGGUCAGGGUGUGCAGCCCAUUGGUGCUUUAGCCAGGGUGUGGAGAACACGUCUCCUCAGCACUGUCUCUAGCAGGACUCCAAGGCCCCAGGAGUCAAUGGAGGGUCUCUGAGACCCCAGGACAUUGUUAGCUUCUUCCUUCAGGCAGUUUGCUGUCUCAGCUCGCAGACCUUUGAUGCUUGGGGUUUGGACGUGGGUGCCGCCUCCCUCCCUUAAAGAGGUGUGGCCCACAUCAGCCUUGGCAUGUGUAGUCUGUGAGCUGCAGCCCGGGAGGGUUUGUCCUGGUCAGAGGGUUUGGCCCCUUCUGGUCCUGCAGAACAUGGGGCUCCCGUUGGCUCAGUCCCCUGGUGGGUAGAGGGACUGUCCCCUGCUGGAUAGGGUCCCUGGCCCAAGGUAGUAGUUUGGUGAGUUUGGCCCUCUCUUGUGGGGAGGCAGCCAUGUAGCCUGUCCCACCCAUGGAGCCUGCCUGCCUGCCUGCCUGGGCUGUGCUAGCAGAUAUGGCUUUAGAGCCCAGAGGGAGAUGGUGACACACAGCCUUCAUGUCACAGCCAGCUCCACAGCCAAAGCUCCUUGGAGAUCAGAGGAAGCAGAUGCUUUGCCAACCCCUUUACCCCUCCCGUUAAAACAACCAUCUCUCUCUCUCUCUCUCUCUCUCCAUGAACCGGAGAGGUGUCUGGGCUCCACACUCUCUGCUUUCAGCUGAUGGCGAGUGUGCGGCUGGGGCUGCAGGCGUGGAUGGGCAGGCCCCAGGGAACAGUGCGUUCUGGGGGUGCAUGGUUACAGCUGCCCCAGCCCACCGUGUCUGGGUGGCCUAGCCAGGGCUGGCCGGUCACCCCUCCCAGGAAGCCCAAUUUGCCCAUGAGGGGAGGGGGCUAUGAUGGGUAAGGAAGCCAGGGACCAAGGCCACCUCCUCCCCUGGGUGUGUGACCUCAAGCAAAUCUGUUAACCUCUCUGGGUCUCAAUUUCCUUCUGUAAACGGGGGUGGGGAGCUCCGGACAUGAGGAUUUCUGAAGUUCAGACGAGGGUCAGCUGGGGAGGCCUGCUGCUCGGGUGGGCCUCAGGGGGUCUUUGGUGGGUAUUGCAAGGACUGCUCCAGGCCUGGUCUCCCUGUCAGGCAAGAAGGAAUUGUAGGGAGGGAGAGACAGGUGACAGAAGUCCAGUUGAGGGUAUUCUGACUAACUCUGACCUGGCUCUGGUGGCAGGAGGCCCAGCCUCCCGGUCCGCUGGGCCGCCAUCUGAAACGCAUUACCAAUGCUUUGUAAACUGCACAUCAUUCGGCCACAUGAAAGCCUGGGAUCUAAAAAUAGCCAUUCCCAGAGGACACCCCGCAUUGGCGGGGCUCAGCUGACCUCUGCACGCACACCCACCACUAGGCCACCUCCCUUGCCAGGGGGCCCCCGACUGGCAGGGCCACACCCACCCACCCUCCCAGUGUGGGCAGCCACUGCCGGAGGCCACUUUAUCUGGGCACAGAUCUCGUCCAGCUGCUCAAAGCUGCAGGCCUCAAGGCCUUAACUAGGGCAGAAUGUCUGGAGGAGGCAGCUGAGAGCAUGUCAGUGGCCGCAGGACCCCUUCCCCAGACCAUAGUUGCCUGGCAUGUCUGUGGGAAGCCAGUGGAACCAUCUUACAGAUGAGGACACUGGGGCCCUGUGGAGGGGAAGCACAGGAAGGGGGACUUGGCCACUGUCAGAUGGUAGACAGGAGGGCCGCUGGUGGAUGUGCUGGUAUGAGAAGGGCAGGGUCCUGCCCUGGACCCCGUGGUGUCGGUGGAGUCUGCCCCAGCAUGAAGGCAAGGCAGCUGUGGGUCUCCAGGCUGCUACGGUUGACUCUUUGCCCUACUUUCUGCAGGCUCCUUUUCCCUAUAGUCUCUAUGACCAACUGCAAAACCACUCUUUUCCCUAAAAAUAAACAUGCUUAUGGGAUUGGGGGAAGCUUUGUAGCUAUCAAAGGAAAUAAUAGGGUGUUUAAGAAAAUUACAUUGCGUUUUAAAUAACCAGCAUGAAAGUCAUUAAGUUUGAAGUUUCAUUCAAAUCAGAUGGCUCUGUGGCUGGCCCGGUGGCCAGGCAGGCAGGGGGUGGGUGGGCACUUAGGGACGCUGAGAAGCAGCCUGUGGAGAGCUCUGCAGCAGCGGCAGUGAGGUCUCUGCGGCUAUAGCCAGGGUCCAGGCGGGGCGGCCCCAAGUGUGCGCCGGGCUGCAGCAGCCGCCCCAGAGCUUGCCGACAGGCUUUGAAGCAGGCUACAGCCUGGGAGCCCCCCAGCUGUGGUGGGCAACCCCAUGGGUGGGGCUGGGGGGUGAACAUAGACCAAAGGGUGUGGGGCCAGAUGAAGCUGGGAUUGCAGAGGCCACAAGCGUUGAUGGCCGUGUUGAGGUGGGGUUUAAGGGAUGGUGGUUGGGAUCAAAAGGGCUGGAGAGGAUCUACAGGGCCAAGGCCACAUCUGUCUUCUUCACUGCUAGAAUCUUAGCGGCCAGCAUAGCGCAUGACCCAUAGUAGGUGCUCGUAAACUGUUGCAAGAAUAACAACAGCCACAGUAAUAGUGCAUGUGUCAAGAACUUCCCAAGUGCCAGACCUGUGCUGGGGACUUAAUCCUAAUAGCAAGAUCCUUACAAGAAGCCAAGAAAGUAGAUACUAUUAUCGCUCUCAUUUUACAGAUGGGGAAACUGAGGCUCAGAGAGGUUAAGAACUUGCUAGUACCUGUCAGAGUCAGGACUUGGACUCAGGUCUGUUUUACCCCAAAGCCCAGGCUCUGCUCUGUCCCUUUGGUCUCGAUUGUGUGGAGCUCAUUGGGAGCAUUGCAGGCUGCAAAGCUGAACCCACUCCUGUUGAGUUUAUGAGCUGAAUUCCUCUGGCCUCAAGGAAAGACUUGGCCCUUACUGCCCCUCCUGGGCGUGACCUCAGAGCUCUGGACCUGGGUCAGGGCUGGACCACAUGCUAUCGGGGGCCAAAAGGGUUGUUUCUUGGUUAAAAGCAGGACCUCAGGGCUUUCAGAAUAAAUAUUACCUGGAAAAGUGUUUAUAAAUGACAUUUAAGAUGACAUCAGGUUUGGGAAUUCCCUGGUGGUCCAGUGGUUAGGACUCUGCACUUUCACUGCCGAGGGCAUGGGUUCAAUCCCUGGUUGGGGAACUAAGAUCCCGCAAGCCUCCCAGCACAGCCAAAAAUUAAGUUAAAUUUUUAAAAAAAGAUUACAUCAGGUUUGAUGCAUGAUGCAAGGACAGUUAAGAACUGUGUAUAGGUUGAUUCCUCCUUUCUAACUUUGGUCCUGGUCCUGGCUUAGCUUGGAGCUCACUGUUGGACUUCUCUGGCCCAGGUGCCCUCCUCUGUGUGGUCCAGGGAUGGGCUAGAGGGUGUCCUAGGCUCGGAGACAAUGGGAAUGGCUGGACUGAGGAAUCUGAGGGCAUCCCUGCACAUGGGUGUCCCCUCCCCAAACCCCUUGGAAACCAGAUCCACCUCCCAACCCUGCUGCGGCAUUUUGAGGGUUUCUUCUUCUACCACUGCCCUCCUCUGCUCCUCCCGUGCCACCCCCCACGCCUCCCCCCGCCCCUGCCCUGGCUCUGGUCACUGAGGGCUAGUCAGGAGCUCAGGAGUCUGGCCCAACAGCAAUCUGGCCGUAGUCCAAAGGAAAUCGAGGGCCAGCAGCCCUGGCCUGGCACAAAAGCCGGCUUUCCUGAAAAGCCUUGGUCUAGGAACAUGCUCGCCUUUGUCUUUUGUUUUCUUCUUCGUUAAUUUUAAAAAAUAUUAGCACACACAAAUAUUACUUCAUUUAAUCCCUAUGAGAUAUGGAUAUUGUACAGAUGGGGAACCUGAAGCACAGAGAGACACACUUUGCAAGUGCUGGAGGAGAGAUGUGAAUUCAGGCAUCUACCUCUGUGUUCCCUGCCCUUACCACCUGCUACCUUGCCUCUCAGACAACAUAUCUAUCCACUCAUUUUUGAAAAGUUGGGUUUUAUAGCUACAGCUGGGUCGCCUUGGCUCCCCCAUCCCAUCCAUCCCCACUCCUCACCCCCGCCAGGAAUUUAGUGUUUCACCCUCUUCCUGUAUUUUUAUAGUGUUAGACCCAGGUGUGUAUCUGUAAAAGCUGUUUGGUGUGGUUUUUGGAACCCCCUAACUCAACCUCAUUAGAGGGCUCCACCCCAAGAGGGCCCCUGUGACAGUUGCAGCAGCCCUGCCCUCCUCCGUCUGCUUACACUUGGCGUGAGGGGCUUGGGUGGGAGCAUCCUGGGGCCUGAAGCCUCCAGCAACUCGUUUCCACUCCUUGCCUUGUUCACUUGGGAUAAACCGCUGGACUGAGUCCAGGCAGAGCCCCAAGGGCCUUCCUUAACUGGCAGUAGCUGCAAGGGUUAGACCCAAGUGAGCUUCCUGACUGUGGCCCCAGGGCAGAACUGUCCUCUGGGCUGGUACAGGCAGCUGAACAGACCAGGUAACUCAGAGACCCCCAUCUUAUCUUUGCUCCUCAGAAGCUGGCUGGAAUUAAUCGGGGCAGGAAUGCAGUGCCAAGGCUGGGGAUGAGAUCUCCAAGUCUCCUCUGCCUCCCACCCUUGAGCCGUCGCUGACCAUCAGCCUCCGCCUCUCUGGGCCCUGCGCCAGGCCGCCCUAGCUCUCGCUCCUAGGCAGCACACUAACUCUUCUGCGGUGGCCAUCCACCCCGCAUGCACGUGGACUGGGAAGAGGCCAGACCUGGUGGGAAGAAUGACUUCUCACGGUUCCUUUAGUCAUUUACGACUGAGGACCCACAUCACCUCCUAUGAGGGCAGGGUGUUGCUGGCAAAAUCCAGCGGGUCCCGGGUAGGUGGAGGUCUUAGUGAGGAGACCCAGUGUAGGGGGGAGAACCUGGCAACCACUCGGCUCCUGCGCCUCACACGUGUGGUCUCCAUUGCUGUGCGCUACCAGCUGGCCUGGGAGGCCUCUCACCGAGUGGUAAAGAUCUCUGGCCAGGAGCCCCAAAGGGCUGGAUUCAAAUCCCGGUCUGUCAUUACUUGCUCUGAGACCUUGGGCAAGUCAUUUAACCUCUCCCGGCUACCCUUUCCUCAUCCGCACAAUCUGUACACACGUCACAAAGUGGUUGGGAAGACUGGUGGGAUUCGGGGGGUGGGGGGCGAACCCUGCAGGGUGCUAGGCACACAGGAGGCUGCCACUGGUGGCGGCUGCCGUGUCUAAAUCUGCACCUCCACUGCUUUCUUCAUGCCUUUUCUACAAAGCGUUUUUGUUUUGCUCCCAAGGGAACAAAACCUCUGAACUCCUCAAAUGCCUUCUUCCCAGAGCCUGGCUUUCCCUACUGCCAAAGACAGCCUGAGCCGAGGUUGUGCCCUGGCCUCUGCCUCAGGCACAUGGGCUCCCGGAGGGCUGGGCCUUGAGGAGCUGGGAGGGCGACUGCCUGGACAGGGGAUGCCCAGCCCCCAGGCUGCUGCAGAGUCCCCAGACAGUGUGUCGGUAGCAUCAACUAGCAGCUCGGCUGCAGCAGCUCCCGGAAGCUUAUAUUUUCCUCUGAAAACAUCCUGUCCUGAGGGGCGUUUACCUCAGAGAGGAAGAAGGAAAACAAAAGUAAACGAAUGCAUAGAAACCGCUGGAGGCUGUGGGCCAGGCCACUCAGCUAAGUGAGGUUCCGCUAGCUCCGGGGGUGCCUCGGGGCCAGGCUGGGUCUAGAGCAGGCCUGUGGUUUGCCAAGCCUGUAGGCAGGGACUCAAGUCCUUGCCUCUGCUGUGGCAGGACCCCCUAUCUGAUGUCAAGGCCAGGCAGCUGGUGGACUGGCCACGUGGACCUGGGAGGGCUCUGUGCAUCCCUGGCCACAGUCCUGUGCUGGCAGGCGGGACUAAAGCCUCCUGGUCCGCAAGGGUGUAGCCCAGCCAUACCCUAGCCCUCCAGCUCAGCUGGCCACACGGCCGCGGCUCCAUGCUCUGCGGUGGGCGUCUAGCACAAGGCGUCCAGCACGCUGUGGGCGGGGUGCUUGAGGGCCGUCCUCUGGAGAGCACCAUGUCCUGGGCAGCGGGGGCUGGCAAUAAAAGGGCAUGAGCCCAGCCAGGGGAUAUCUGCAGACGUGGGGUCUGGGGAGCCUGCACAUCACGGCUUGGCUGAUAUGCAGGCGAACCUCCUUUGGAGGACCUGUUUCCUUCUGGGAAGUUCAUUCUCGUGGUCCCAGGCCGUGGGGCAGCUUCCCACUCAGAAACUGGCCAGACUCCUUGGUGCUUAAGCACCGUGGGUGCUGGACAGUGGAUCCCCAGCUCCAGACCUAGAGGACUGGGGGAGCUGUGUGUGGUGGGCACUAGUGGGCCCUGGAGCUGGGAGAGGAGUCCAGAGGAACUGAUCAAGGCCAGAGCAGAAGUUGAGUGGCAGACCCUGGAUGGAGCGUGGCCUGGUUUCUGGCAAUGCAGGGAAGAGAAGUGAGAACUGGAGAGGACCUUUUGAGCAGGGCCACUGUGUGGGGUUAUGCAGGGAAUCCGGGCCAAGGAGCUGAAAUCUAGCCUGCACUAUGCUCCACAAGCCACGUGCCCUGGUGUGGGCCUGGCUGUCUCUCCAGAGGAAAGGGUACUUUUUCUAGUUAGCACAAAGGUACCAUAUGAACUAGUGGUAGCCCUGGCUUUGACUGUCUGGUGAAUUCUGACUCCCAAGGUGUUGCAGGAAGGAGGAGAUGGGGUAGAAGGAGGCACAGGGUCUCAGUUGCCAGGCAGGAUGUCCCUGACUCCCAGCAGUGGCCCCAGUUCCUCCCAGCCUCCUGUGUGCUGCUGUGACCAUGCCCAGCCCCAGCCAGGGUGCUUUGUCCAGUGCUGCCACAUGCUCCCUAAACACUGGCUCACACUGGGCCCUACCUACACGUACUGCUAGAGACCUAACUUGAGAGCCCAACAAGUGGUGGGAGAGCUCUCCAGGCAGAGGCAACAACAUGGCCCUUGAGGCCAAAGUGGCUGGAGCACAGAGGGAGAGGAGGUGAGAGAUGAGAAUGUGGCUGUCUGGUGUUGCCUGAAGACCCUGAGAGACCUUAAAGGGGUCCCCAGCACUGACUUGCAAUUUUCUCAGCGUCACUGAGCCUCACGACCCUCAUGAGUAAAACAGGAAGGAUAAUGCCUGCCUCAAAUCAGUUGUCACAUGUGGCAUUUACAAUACUGAAUUUCACAUCUGUGCACUUGGCAGAGAGAACAAUAACUAUCAAUAGCCCACCCUUCUGUCUAGUUCGAAGUGUGGAUCUGCCCUCCUUCUGUGGACUCAUCCCAAGGGCCGUUCCGCAGCUCCAGAGCGGGCAUCAGGAAUACCCCCCCCCUCUUCUAGGAGCCAAGAGACUGAAGUCAGGUCCAUGGUUGGCUGAGUGGGUAGGCAUGCACGGGUUCUGGGGCAUCAGGUAUUCUAGAGGCCUUCAUUCAGCAAGUCUUAAUGAACAUGCCAAGCACAGACCCUGGAGAGGCAGAGAUGACUAACAAGCCGAUUCUGCCCUCCAGGACCCCUAGGCCAACAACCCCUGCAGCAAGUGGGCAGCUCUGCCUGCUGGGCUGGUGGAACCCCACCCAGGUCACAGUCCUAAGGAAGUGGCCCUUAGACUGAGGUCAGGAUGAGAAGGAAUCAGUAUGGCAAAGAGUAGGAGGAAGUGUGGAAAGCUGGGAGGGGAGGGUGUAAGGGGUGGAUAAAGGUGCAGAGGCGAAGAGCUGGACACCUGGGUAAGAGAGAGGCAGGCCUGCGUGGUUGGGUAUGGCUGGGGUGUGGCUGUGCGAGAGUGAGUCGGGGAGAUGUGGGCUGGGGACCUGGGGUCAUGUCCCAACUAUUGCCAUCAGGCAAGCUCCCUGUGCCGACAGCCCUGGCAGGCAAGCAGGCAUGGGGUAUAGCUAGAACCCUAAUCCCAGGGUCCCAGAACUUACUGGAGCAUAUUUAGGGUCAGGGGAGCACUGGCUUAGGUGACUCUGACCAACUAGGCUGAAGAAGGGAGAGACUGAGUUUAGGACUGGGACUCCUUCCCCUGUUCCCCCUUGUUCUGUCCUUGAUAACCGUAGGGCCUCUGCAGUACAGUUGGUGGAAUCUCAGCUCUGCCACUUACAAGCUGUGUGACCUUGGGCAAGCUAUGUAAUGUCUCCAUCUCAGUUUCCUCGUUUAUUAAAUGGGGAUAAUAAUUGUACCUAUUUCAUAGGUUUUAGGAGUACAUGAGUUAAACUCUAUAAGGUGCUCAGAAUUAUGCCUCGCACAGGGUAUAAACCAUCAGCUGUCAUUAGCAGAUGCUGAUCUCCUGGCCUGAAACAUUCUUCUGCCUGAUACAUUGUAGGAGCUUAGUAAAUACAUCCUGACUGACUGUGUCUGCUGAUAGUGGUCAACUGCGAAUUCUGGUGCAGUGUGUGUAUGUGUGUGUUGCGGGGUGGUGCUCCUCCUGGCACAGUCCCUGCCAAGGGGAGGCCUUCUUGGGAGGGCCUUGUCAGCCUCACACGCUUCCACCCUCCAGGCUUGAGACCAGAGGAAGCAGAAGCUUUCUUCACUGAGAAAGUGUUGUGCGGCUUCUUAAGCGUUUGGGGGUUUUCAGAGUCAACCGUUAGAGGCGAGGGAGCUUCUCUGCUGGCAGUGGCAAGGGCUCUCAGGGUGCACACAGCCUGUAAGCCGACCUCUGCGGUCUGCAGGGAAAAUGCCGACCGUGUUUAUUUUUCACCUGAGCCUGCAGGAAGUUGGGGGUUGGGGAAGAGGGAGGCGGGAGCAGCCCGGCCAGGCCCAAGCCCGACUUCAGAGCAGAGGAGACCGACCUCAGGAGUCCCUCAUUUCCACCUCCUCCUGCCUGGCCCUGCCCUAGGGCCCCUUCUUGGCUCCAGCCUGCUCAGCAAGAGGAGGGCAUGCUGGGGCACCAGAGUGAGGAAUUUCCAGCCAUGGGCCAAUGAAAAGAUCCCAGAAGGAUGAGGACCGCCUUCGGGACGAUAGGUUUUGAACCGGCAUGGGGAAGAACAGUAAGAGCAAUGCUGUGGCAGGAAGGACCGCCUCGGCUAAGGCUGUUCCCAGUCCAAGGGUCUCAGAGUCUAGACUCGUCCUGGAGUGCUGCAGUCUGGAGGGGGAGAGGGGAAAGGGGCUGUAUGCAAAGGCCAAGAACAGGGGUCUUGGAGUGUGCUGAUCAAGGAGUAUGGUCUGCUGUUAGGUCUUCCAUUUGUUUAUACAUCCCACCAUGCUGGGAGCGCUUACUGAGUGCCCAGCGCUAUGCCUGGCACUCUGCCCUCAGAGGUAAGAGAUGAGGUUGUGUCGUCGAGAUACUCAGGGACGGGUGGGGACGAUCAACCCAGGCCUGCCUCCUUCCCUCGGAGGCAGGGCACAGUCACCAUCAGGGGAGGAGAGGAGCAGAGCUCCAGUCACUGGGCUCCCCAGACACAGGCCAGGCCCCAGGCAACUCCACCCUGCUGGCUGGGCAGCCUAGCCCUGGGACAGCCUUGUGCUGAGGCCGUGGAGCGGGACGUUCCAUUUGGCUGAGAGGGGCGUGGGGCACCAGGUCCUGCGCCAGACAGUUUCCCCUGGCUGCCACCACCGGGCAUGCAGGGGGCUGGGGAGUGAGGCUGAGAGGCAGCCUGCACGAACGUGGGAAGGACUGGCCAGGCCCUCAGUGCUCUGCCCUGGAGCCCUGGCACCUCAGGGCCUCCACCUGCUGGCAGGUUCUCAGCCCCACCUCCACCCACCUGGCACUUCUCGUGUGGCCUGGCUACAGACCCCCGUCUAAUGAGGCUUUUCCCCAGUUCCCAGGGAAGGCUGGGGGACAGGAUGAGCCCUCUGUCCAUCUGCUCCUGUCACACACAUACAUAACCAGGCCAGAGGCUAUAGGCUGAGCUGGAUUCUGAGGUUUCCUAGACCUAGAAUGAGCUGUGUUACAACAUGGAGCUUAAACAACCUGGCCAAGGAGGGUCAGCUCUAGCUGUCCCUCAGGUGACAGGGCUUCCUGGCCCAAACGAGCCUUCCCCGGGGAAGGUGGUGUGCUGCGAAACCUGCUGUGGAGCCACCCUCUCCCUGCCCUGGGCAGAGUGGGACUCCGGGACUAUCUUCCUAGAGCUGGCACCUUGGACCCCAGGCUCUGCUCCUAAGAUUCCCCAGGGUCAGAGCUGCCUAUUCCACCAGCCAGGCUUAUAACUCUGAGAGCUGAAAAGCCAGAGCCAAGGCUGAAUGGCAGGGCCUUCUCUGAAGCAGAAGUUUAGAUUUGAAAGCUCUGUGGUCUGCAGCGCCCUGUGGAGGGUGUUCAUUCCACCCAUUGCACCAGGGCUCCAGGCGUUUGUGCCCUUAGAUGGCGAAUAGUGGAAUGCCUUCCACCAGGGUCCCAGGUUCCUGAGGGAGUGGGCCCUGAGGCUCAUCUCCAUGUGUGCCACAAGGCCUGGGAUCUGGCUAAUCCCUGUCCUAGGAACUUAUCAGGGUAAAAAGGCCCCCGAGGUUUCCAGAAAGCUUUCCACCUUCAUAGGCCCUUGGCUCCUGCUCCCAAAAAUUCUAGGAUAAAGCAGGGUUCUUUGCAUCCAUGACCAGUGAGGUAGGCAGGGUUGAUAUGAUCAUGCUCAUUUUACAAGGGGCAUACUGGCCCAGGGUCCUAUAGAGGAAAGGUCAAUGAAAAAGGUCAGCAAGCCUAGAGCUGUACUUCCCAACCCACUUCCCAUCCUGGCACAGUUAAAAAUGACCACUGGAGUAACUGGAGGAAGAGGCUGAAGGCUGAAACCACCAUGAGAAGUGCUGGGCAUAGUGAGCAAGGAGCGAGGACGGUACUGGGGUUAGAGAGGUAGUUGGGGGCCUGAUCCUGGAGCUCCAUAGGCCUGGGCUGAGGAGCGACGUGAUCUGAUUUCUAUGGCUGCUGGAUGGAGGACUGAGGAAGCAGGAGGCUGCUGCAGUCGCCAGCACAACAAGGCCAGUCAGCCUUCCCACGGCGUUCCCCAACUCUCUCCUCUCUAUGACCAUUUCAGCAGCCCACACCCCACACCUGCUCCAGCCGACAUCAGCCAGAAGCAAGGAGUUCACAGGCCUCUGCAGACCCCUGACCUCUCUGGCUUCUACUCUCUGACCUCAGGCAGCAUGGGACAGCUCCCGCACACUGUAAGCUGGCCCAGCCCUCCUCUCUACCCCCUGUCCCCUUCCUGCGGAUAUAGACAGCACUUCCCCGCCCCCACCGCAGCCCCUGGCGCCCCCUACCCCAGGUUCACCCAUCCACCCCUGAUGCUAGGUUCCGGUGUACCUGGUCACCCCGCAGCCAUCCCCCACCCAGCCAUUGUGCCCCCUUCAGGGAAGCAGGAGCUGCAGCCCUAUGACCGCAGCCUGAAGACGCAGGCAGAAUCCAAGGCAGAGAAGGAAGCCAAGAAGCCAACCAUCAAGAAGCCUCUCAAUGCCUUCAUGCUGUACAUGAAGGAGAUGAGAGCAAAGGUCAUUGCAGAAUGCACACUCAAGGAGAGUGCUGCCAUCAACCAGAUCCUGGGCCGUAGGUGGCACGCACUGUCCCGGGAAGAGCAAGCCAAGUAUUAUGAGCUGGCCCGCAAGGAGAGGCAGCUGCACAUGCAGCUCUACCCAGGCUGGUCGGCGCGGGACAACUACGGGAAGAAGAAGAGGCGGUCACGGGAAAAGCACCAAGAAUCCAACACAGACCCUGGCUCGCCUAAGAAAUGCCGUGCUCGCUUUGGCCUCAACCAGCAGACGGAUUGGUGUGGUCCGUGCAGGUGGGUUUGUCCCCACCACUGUCCUCCCUUUGCUUCAAGCUGCUUCCCUUACUCUCUGCACAUGUUCUGCUGGGCCUGCUGCCCUCCUCUGGCCCCUAGCCCCCAACAUACCCGCAGACUGGGGAGCCCAUGCCUCCUAAGAAUGGGAGUGAACACAACAGCUCGUGGGGAAGACUACUUGGGUCUAAGAGGAAGGAGGAGAGACAAUGCUCUAGGAGGAAAGGAAAGGCAGACUUAGAAGGUAUUUCUGGUACCUGGUGCCCAGGGUUCCCUGGUAAUGUUGGUCUGGUGCUUAUCAGGCCUAGCAGGUCCUCAGCAGACAAAUCACACACACAGCAUUUAAAUGGCCUGAGCCCCUGUUCCCAGGCCUCAAAGUCAUCAUGGUCCACCAGCUCCCUCACUUCUUCCAGUUGGGAUCCCUGCUGUACCAUACCGAGCCCUAAGAAUAACGAAGUGACUGACUGUAGUAGAGAAAAACCUGAAUAACCUAAAUGCCCAGUGGCCAUGUGACUUAUAUCACGUACCUGCUGAGACCAGCAGGCUCAGAGAGGUAGGGAGAUGAACAGAGGUACCCCUGGUAGCCAUACUCAGACCCUGUGGCAUUAAACCUAUAUGUUUCACCAUACAACAGAGAAAUAUUUGUGUAUGGGAAAAGAAAGUAUACCUACCAAAUGGCUAAAGUUGCCUAGUUGAGGUUCAGGCCAGGCCUGCUAGAGCCAAGGCUCAGGCUGCUCCAGGCAGUAAGUUCACUGACUCUAGGGAAUACUGGUCCAGCCCCUAUGAGUGCCCACCAUACUCCCUGUCCAAGGGCAAAGAGGAAUUUGGGGGAAAUAAGUAUGUGUGUGUGUGUACACAUGAUGGGAGGCAACCCUGUUCUCAGAGGAGGCCCUAUUCCAUCCAUUCCACGCUACUCAGAAACAAAGUGUUGUCCAGAGAAUAAGAUGGUAGACAAGUCACUGUCCAAUUCUUUCCCUUCUCUGCCCCUAGCCUAGCUCUGAGCAUUUGGAUUGCUCAGCCCUAGAAGCCACAAGCCCAUUGCAGCCCCCCCACCCCACCCCCCGCCGCUUCCUUAAUCAGAUCUGAGCCCCCCAAAUGUGAAGCAGAGCCUCAACAGCCUAGACUAGGAGAUAGCUGCCCUGGAAGAUAGCAGGCAGCCCACAGGCCAAGCUACAAAAGGUCCCUGUGCCACCUUGUGGUUCUGCUGGGAGCUGCACCUGUCCCUAGGUCUGGGCCAGGCUCAGCAGUUGUAGCGCUAAGCAUGAAGGCACAGACAUAUCACCUAAGUCAUGGGGAGCUAGGCCUAUGCAAGGACAGCAUUUUUUGGUUGUGGAGUAUGACUAUGAAUUCACCCUCUGU